CUUUUGGCUUCAAAGCGUUGUUUGUUUUUAGUCUGAAUUUCCUGAGUUUCUUUAUUCUUUUUUACAACAAAUAUGAUUGCUGACACGAUUCUUAUUCUUAUAAUAUCUUUAGUAACUGCUUGUCUUUCAGAAGGAAUUACUUAUCUACUUGUGUACAGAACAGAAAAGUAUAAAAAGCUUAAAGCAGAAGUUGAAAAAGACAGUAAAAAAUUAGAAAGACGUAAAGAAAAUAUGACAGAUGCACCUCGGCAAGGUGGACAGAAAAAGAAACUUGAGAGAGUUGAAGAAAAGCUCAAGAACCAYAGCAGAGAUUUGUCUAUGGUAAAGAUGAAGUCUAUCUUUGCUAUAGGAUUCACUUUUACUGCCCUUAUUGGCAUGUUUAAUUCAAUCUUUGAUGGCAGGGUCGUUGCAAAGCUUCCCUUUGAACCACAUUCAUGGAUCCAAAGCCUGUCUCAUCGUAAUUUGAUGGGAGAUGACUUCACUGAUUGUUCAUUUAUUUUUCUGUACAUUCUGUGCACAAUGUCUGUCAGACAGAAUGUUCAGAAAAUGUUAGGAUUUGCACCAUCGCGUGCAGCCAGCAAGGUUGGAGGACUCCUCACCCCACCACAGACAACCAAAUAAAACUUGUGAAUGUUUCAAGUSAAAUUCAAUAAAACAGUUGAUAGAUAAAA